GGAGGUUGCACAAAGCUUUUCAGAAACGUUCUCUCCUCUGCUCUUCUCUCACCGCUCCAUCGAUAUGUCCUAUCCUCUGACUCUAAUCAUGCUGCUUCUAUGGGUUGCAAUUGUUACAGGCGAGCCAUCUGGGACUUUAGUACACUAUUGUGUAGACCAGCCAAGAGAAACAGAGUCCUUUGUGGGGGAGAAUCUCACCCUGCCCUGCAAAUUCGUGUAUCCAGAAAAAAAGGAAACGGUGUCAGAUGUGAAUAUUAUAUGGAAAGCCUAUGAUUUCCAAUACUGUCGAUUCACAACAAAAAACGAAAUCUACAACCCUUUGACCAAAAUCUCCUUCUCCAAGUAUCAAGGGAGAUUGCUGCUACGGGGCGACCCAUUGGCUGGAAAUGUGUCACUAAUACUGAACAACGUGACGCUCAAUGACACCAACAGGUAUUGUUGUCGUGUGAUUAUCUCAUUUAAAGGCAAAGAGAAAAAGCAGUUUCAAAGUGUUGAUGGGACCAUCCUCACCGUAAGAGAGGAACAUGAACUGAAGCUGGAGCAGCCAUCUUUUAUACCAGCGUUUGUCGGGGACACUGUGACUUUCUUGUGUCGAUUCUCAUCUAAGAAAUACAUAAUUCCAACUUUAAUUUCCUGCCGGCUGUGGGGAAACACUGGAGAGCGCCCAAAGUGUGAUAGACUGGUCCAUUCAGGAGAUUGUUCGCAUAUCCAAAGAGGAAAUAUUUUAUAUGUCAAAAUAUCAAAUCAAACUCUUCCCUUACACCAAGGCUGGUACUGUUGGGAGAUCCAGGCCUCAUCUGGGAAAAGUGACCCAUUGACAUUUAGAAAAGCUCUGGGAACAGAACUGCUGGUUGUAGAGAGAACAAAUACAUUCAAAAUCAUUCAGCCACAAGAAACCGUUUUUCAGAAGAGUGCCAUCAUCAACUGCAGUUUCACAAUACCACAGUACAGUAACAUCUUACGGACGGAGGUCUAUUGGAUGAUCGGAGACCCAAGAGAGGACUACGUCUACCAUCCAAACCCGGACUACAUUCACCCGGAUUACAAAGGCAAGACCAGUCUGGUGGAUGGCUCAAAUCUUUUCCUACAAGACUUCCAUGGACUAAACAACACCAUAUUCUACUGCAGGGUGAUGAUACAACAUUGCGAAACUAUUAGGGGGACCAUUACCAGAAGAGAGAUUACAAUGGAGGAAGGUCCUGGGACUUUUCUGAGAAGUGAGAAUGUGAACGGUCCUUCAGAAGGUGUCACCACAUUACCUCUGUGUCUACAAAGUAUCAUAAUAGUGGCCUGUUCUGUGUUUAAAUUCCUCCUCCUCAUUGCACUCUUCAUACUGGCCCUGGUCUACAUCAAGAAAGGCUGAUCGCAUCUUCAAUCUGGAUAAAUAGCAAGGAAAACACCGGAUGCACCUUCUUCUUAUUAAAGAGAUGGCCUCGGAUUUUGGUGGUUACGAAUGGGUUGAGUUAAUGAUUGAAUCCUUAGCUCAUAUCAUUUAUCUGUGGCCAGGCUAUGGAUCUUAUUGCAUUUCAUGUUAUAAAAAAAACAGUAAAACAUUAAAACAAGCCCUUACUCAAAUACGUAGUUGUAGCCAUUGUGGAGUAAUUCAUGAUCAUAGUUCACAGGAAAAGUCAAGCUGCUAAAAGACUUGAAUGACUGCAGUGAUUCUGCUGUGAGCUUUGAAGAGGAAUUAUUCCACAGUGGCUACAGCUACACAGGUCAGUGGGGGGUGUAUUUUAAAGUUAUUUGACUGCUUGUUAAGAAAAAAAAAAUACUUGUCUAUAGCCCGGUCACAGGUUCACUUUAAGGGCUCC